UUCAUGGCUGCGCUCAAUCACAGCAACUUUGACCCGAUCACGUUUGUCUUGACCGGGAUCCCAGGCAUGGAGGACUCUCACAUCUGGAUCUCCGUCCCCUUCUGCCUGAUGUACGUGGCUGCCCUGGCCGGGAACUCCUUCCUCCUGCUCCUCAUUGCCACGGACCGCAGCCUCCACCAGCCCAUGUGCCUCUUCCUGGCCAUGCUGUCUGUGGCUGACCUCAUGCUGUCCACGGCCACCGUGCCUGAAAUGCUGGCCAUCUUCUGGUUCGGCUCCAGGGAGAUCUCCUUUGAUGCCUGCAUCGCCCAGAUGUUCUUCACCCACUUCAGCUUCAUCGCCGAGUCAACGAUCCUGCUUGCCAUGGCCUUCGACCGCUACGUGGCCAUCUGCUACCCGCUGCGUUACAUGGCCAUCCUGACACCCUCAGCCAUCGGGAAGAUGGCCGUGGCGGCCGUCCUGAGGGGACUGUGCAUCAUGUUCCCGCCCAUUUUCCUCCUCAAGAGGCUGCCCUACUGCGGCCAUAGCACCAUGCCCCACACCUACUGCGAGCACAUGGGCAUUGCCCGGCUGGCCUGCGCGGACAUCACCGUCAACAUCUGGUACGGCUUCACCACCACCCUCCUGUCCUCGGGGCUGGACGUGGUGCUGAUCGCGCUAUCGUAUGCCAUGAUCCUCAGGGCUGCCUUCCGGCUCCCCUCCAAAGAGGCCCGUCUCAAGGCCCUGGGCACCUGCGGCUCCCACCUCUGCGUCAUCCUGCUGUUCUACGUGCCAGCCUUCUUCUCCUUCCUCACCCACCGCUUUGGCCACAACAUUCCCAGCUGCAUCCACAUCCUGUUGGCCAACCUCUAUGUGGUGGUGCCUCCCAUGCUCAACCCCAUUGUCUAUGGAGUCAGAACGAGACAGAUCCGGGAGCGGGUCAUCCGGAUCGUGGUGAAGACCCCCUGGCAGAAGGAAGAAUUCCUCGUCCACAAGGACAUGCCUGUCCGGGAGCUGAAAGAGCACGUCAGCCGGCACUUCUCCUCUUCUCCCGACCAAGUGGUGCUGGUCUACGCCGGAAGGCUCCUAAAAGACCACAAGACCCUUGGCCAGCACGGGGUCCACCUGGACAGCAAUGCCACUCUCUAUGUGGUCAUCCGGUCCCCCCGAGGGCGCUCCUUCCGGCAGCCGGCAGCAGGUCCUCCCGGCGGCAACCUCUCGGCUCAGAAGGCUCCCCGGAGCAGCCCCUUGGCCAGCGAGGGCCUCCGGGAGCUGACGGCCAGCCUGGGCCUCAACACGGCCAACUUUGUCGAGUUCCAGAGCCAGCUCAUGUCCAAUCCCGAGUUGAUGCUCCAGCUCUUGGAAAACCCCUCCAUCCAGAGCAAGCUCUCCAGCCCAGGCUUGAUGAAGGAGCUGGCCACCAACAGCCCCCAAGUGCGGCAGGUGAUUCAGAGAGCCCCUGAGAUCAGCCGUGUCCUCAGCUCCCCUGAAGGCAUGAGGCUGGUGGUGGAGCUGGCCAGGAACCCCACGGCUGUGCGGGAAAUCAUCAAAUCCCCACCCCAGGCCCUGAGCUACCUGGGCGGUGCCGGGGGGGCCUCCGGGGGAGACAACAACAGCAGUGCCCUGCAGGGCCAUUUUGCGGAGAUGCAGGGCCUGGGGCAGAAAGCCCUGCCCAAGAAGCUUGGGCCGAGCCUGCCGCCAGCCCCCCCGGCCUCGGAGCAGGGCAAGAAGCCAGCCCAUGCCAGAGCGCAGCUGCCUUCUCCUAGGACGUGGCCCCCGAAACACCCUGGCGCCCAGGACCUGGCCACUGGCAGCAGAGACCACAGCAAGGGAGAGAGUGGUGGCAGCAGCCGGGGCGAGGCUGGGCAGCUGGCCUCCGCAGCGGUGAAGAACCUGCUCCACCAGAUCAUCAGGCACCUUCUGCAGAACAUUGUGAGCGGCCCCUGCGGCAGGAACCCUGCUGGGCAGGGGCACAGCCAGAGCCCAGAGCCGGUGGCCAAGGUGGCCCAGAGGAGCCCUGCUGCGGCCAGGAGCCCCCGCGAGCAGCAGCCGCCCCCGGCGCCCCUGCAGGUCCCGGCGCUCCUGCAACAGAUCCAGGACACAGACGUCCUGCUGGCCAGCUGGAGCCCCAAGGAGCUCCAGGGCCUGCUUGAGAUCCAGCAGCGGCUGCAGGCCCUGGCCACCGACGAGCCGGCCGAGCGGCCAGCCAGACUGGCCAGGCGGUCCGCACGGAGAGCGCACUCCAUCACCUCCCUCUGCGACCUCCUCCCCGCCGCCGCCGCCCGGGUGGGGCGCCAGGAUUUCUCUGCCCAGCAGAUCUUGCAGGCUCUGGUGGGGGCCGAUUUCGCAGCCAGUGCCAAGCCCGCCAGCCACCUGCGGGGCUCUUCUGCGCGGCCGUCUUCCAAGCAGAAGCGGACGUACAAGCUCUGAGACCAAAGCUGGGCCACCGCUGGAGGGGAGGCUGGGCUCCUGGGGUGGUGGCGGCGGCCACUGCUGCUGCCGCUGCUGUGCCCCUGCUGGAGCGUCAUAAAGGAGUGGAUCUCGUGGUUUCUGAUUAAAAGGCUUUACCUCU